AGUGUUUGCAUGCUUAUCAAAAUUGGUUGUGUAAACCACGCCACGUCAAAACAAACCACGAACACCCCUCCAGCUAGAGCAACAUUUGUACUUUGUAGCUAUAUUAAAGUUUGAGUGGAUCUAGCUGUCAGAGUAACAAAAAGCAAGCUAGAUCAAGAGGUAUACUAAAGAUGGGAAACUUCGUAGGGAAACUAAAAGGCCUACUGGAAGGCUUGGGCAAGAGCGAAGCAAGAAUUCUCAUGCUUGGUCUGGAUGCAGCUGGAAAAACAACAAUCCUUUACAAGCUAAAGCUCAACGAGACUGUCGCUUCGAUCCCCACUAUCGGCUUCAACGUGGAAACAGUCACUCCAGUCAAAGGGGUGACCUUCACUGUCUGGGAUGUUGGUGGCCAAGACAAAAUCCGCCCGCUUUGGAAACAUUAUUUCCACAACACUGAAGGACUUGUCUAUGUAGUGGACAGCUCAGAUAAAGAGAGAAUAAACGAGUCAAGAGAUGAGCUUUUCUGGAUUCUGGACUCUGAGGACAUGAGAGGAGUGCCUAUUGUUGUUUUGGCUAAUAAGCAAGACCUGCCUCAUGCAUACCCUACGGCAGAUGUAUCGUCUAAGCUAGGUCUGCCUCAGAUCAGAACACAUCCAUGGUUCAUUCAGGGGACCUGUGCGCCGAGUGGAGACGGUCUACUCGAGGCGAUGGAGGAGCUUGGAAAGAUGGUGAAAUCCUUCAAAAAGAGUAGAAGAUAAAAUUUAGAGAGGUUCGUAGGUUUUAAAUAAUAGAGACACACCCACAGAGUUCAAAUUUUGUAUCACGUUGCAAGCAACCUCUAUCUAUUUCUCUAUCCUGUGUACCCUUAUUAUACCCUAUUUUUAAGCAUCUUGAUUCGACAUCAACCAAACUAUUAAUACUGUGUGCUAGCUAUUAAUUUUAAUGCAUUCCCUCUCACUCUCACGAAUUAUCUCCACUGCACUGGUGCAAACCCUUGUAAUUUAUGCUUGACUAAUAACCAUGUAAUUCACAAUUCAAA